AUGUCUCAGCCAUCAUCCGCGAUCCGCAUCACGGAGGCGGCAACCAUUUUCCUCUCCACCAUCACCGCAGCUGGCAACCUGUCGCUGUCCAUCCUCGUGAUUCCGCGCUUACUGGAAUCACCUACGCCCCUGAUGUUGCGCCAGUGGGUCAACAGCUACAGCCUGAAUAAGGUGCUCUUCCCCUCGCUGGGCAGCCUCUCCGGCCUGGCCUAUCUCUUCCUGUCCUACCACCACCACCUCUCCGCCGCCACGGCCAAAUCCAGGGCUUACCUCGGCGCCGGCCUUUUCUGCUUCAGCGCCAUCCCGUACACGUGGGCUUUCGUCCUUCCCACCAACCGGAAGAUUUUGCGCAAGGCGGAGGAGAUGAAGGGGCUGAAGGCCGUGGAGGGCGUGGAGGUUGAGGAGAAGGGCGUUGGUCCCCGGGGCGAGGAGAGUGCGAAAUGGCUGAUUGACCAUUGGGGAAUGGUGAACUUGGGCCGUGGGAUCGUGUGGGCUGUUGCUGGAAUGCUGGGACUGGCUGCCACGGUGUGA